AUGGCUCCGAACAUUCAAAUUACGAAUAACAAUGAAAACUGCCUCGUGAAAAUCAAAUCGGACAUGAUGAUGAAGACCGAAGAAGAGGAUCUGACCAAUGAACAGAUUGAGCAGCUGAUAGGUACACCGAAGAAGAAACCGAUAGAAACAAUGAACAUUCCGGUUGAAGAGGGGAUGAGCCAAUUGGAUCUCAGCGACGGGUCCGAUUCAAAAUCGACGUCAACAAUGUGUGGCGGUAAUCAGCCAGGCGACAGAGUCCGACAAAAUGCAAUUUUCGUCAGUCGAACGUUCAAUGCCACCUCCUAAUUAAUGAACUUCAGAUGUACAACUUCUUCUGCAGAAGAAAAAGCCGAGCUAGAGCUACAGAGUAUUUCGCAAAAAUUGAGGCAGCAAAAAUGCGCAGGAUGAUUGAUAUCGUCUCAGAGGUAUUUAUCUAUUCUGAGCAGCUAGCAAUUACGGUUUUCAGGUUCGUGAGCUUGCAAGAGAGUAUUGUGCAAUUCCAGUUGAGCAUCUCCGAAAAGACGUCCUAGAAGAAAGGGAAAGAAUCAGGAAACGGGCGCUCAAAUGGACUCUGUACUGCUACGACGACGGCGAACGGCUAGUUGACAGGCGAGCUUAUAAAUAUUUAAAAUCAAUCUGAGCCUCAACUUCUAUCUUUCAGCAUCGUUCCGCCAUACGCAAUUCGAUUGCGAACCUCUAACCCGACACGGAUUCAUAUCCAACUAAACCCAAUGAAACGAACUAAAUCUUCCAAAAUAAUAAUUAAUUAA